GGUACUGAGAUAAAACAGAGAAUGAAAUACAAAUGAGAUACAAAGAUGGAAAGAAGAGAGGAAGGCUUUGUUGAUGUACAAAAUGGAGCUCAUUUCUGGGCUUGCGUCAUGAUGAGCAGGAGAAAGUCUCCAUUCAGUGCAAGGAGUGAGACCCCCCUCGAGGAAUGCAAGGCCCUUGGUGAAUUAGAGGAUACACAUCCAUAUUGGGAAAGGCCAUCUACUUUACUCAGUACACCAAUUCAAAUGCUAAUCUCUUCCAGAUACAACCUCACAGACACACCCAGAAAUAAAGUUUAAUCAGAUAUCUGGGCAUUUGUGGCCUAGCCAAGUUGACAUAAAAUUAACCAUCCCAUUACAGCAAUCAAAACAGUGUACUGCUGCCAUAAAGACAGACAUGUAGAUCAGUGGAAUAGAAUUGGGAAUCUAGAAAUAAGCCCGUACAUUUAUGGUCAAUUGACCUUCAACAAGGGUGCAAAGACUUCAGUGGGGAAAGAGGAGUCUCUUCAAUAAAUGAUGCCAAGACAACUUGCAGAAGAAUGAAGUUGGAUUCCUACCUCACACCAUAAGCAAAAACAAACUCAAAAUGGAUCAGGAACUGAAAUAUAAACGCUAAAAUUAUAAAACUCUUAGGAGAAAACAUCAAAGUAAAUAUUAUAACCUUGGACUUAGCAAUGGAUUCUGAGAUAGACACCAAAAGCAUGAACAACAAAAGAAAAAUACAUAAAUUGAACUUCAUCAAAAUUAAAAAGUUUUGUGCGUUAAAGGACAUUAAAAGUGAAAAGACAACCAACAGUACAAGAGAAAAUAUUUGCAAAUCAUGUAUCAGAGAAGGGUCUAGUAUCCAAAAUAUAUAAAGAGCUCUUAUAACUCAAUAACAAAAAGGCAACCCAAUUUUUAAAAUGAGUAAAGAAUUUGAAUAGACAUACAAAGAAGAGAUACAAAUGACCAAUAAGCACAUGAAAAGAGGUCUAAUAUUAAUCAUUUGGGAAAUGCAAAUUAAAACCACAGUGAGAUAUCCCAUCACAGCCAUUAAGAUGGGUAUAUUUAAAAAAAAAAAAAAAGUAACAAGUGUCCGCGAGGACAUGGGAAAUUAGAGCCCUCAUACAUUAUUGGUAAGAAUGUAAAAUGGUGCAACUCCAUGGAAAAUAGAUGGGCAGUUCCUCAAAAAGUUAAACAUAGAAAUACCAUACAACUGAGCAAUUACACCCCUACGUAUAUACCCAAAAGAACUGAAAACAAGUACUCAAAUACGUAUUUGUACAAGAAUGUUUAUAGCAGCCUUAUUCACAAUAGCCAAAAGUAGAAAUAACCCAAAUGUCCAUUAAUAGAUGAAUCUAUAAGCAAAUUGUCUUAUAUACAUACAACAGAAUAUUACUUAGUUAUAAAAAGGAAUGAAGUACUGAUACAUGCCAAAACAUGGAUGAACCUCAAAAAUGUCAUGCUAAGUGAAGGAAGCCAGACACAAAAGGCCACAUAUUGUAUGAUUCCAUUUAUAUGAGAUGUCCAAAUCGGUAAAUCCACAGAGACCAGGUGAAGAUAUGGGGAGGGGGGAAAUAGGAGAUUUCUUUUGGGGAGAUUAAAAUGUUUUGAAGCUAGAUAGAAGUAGGUGGUGGUUGCAUGACAAUGUGAAUGUACUAAAUAUCACUGGAUUAUAUACUUUAAAAUGGUUAAUUUUAUGUUAUGUGAAUUUCACUUCAAUUAAGAAAAAAAAAAAAAAACUCACACUAGUGUGGGUCUCCCCAGGGCUAUCUGCCCUGUGUAUGCUCAGCCUCACAGUUGGUCAUGAGAACAAGGAAAAUAUUGAGGGAGACUCUAGCCUCUGACUGGGCUGUAGGAGCAGGCCUUCCUCCCUUAGAAGUGUGCACCCUUGAGGUCAAGGCCUGGGUCUUUUUUUUAGUUAGUUUCAGAGGUAGAAUUUAGUGAUUCAUCAGUUGCAUUUAACACCCAGUGCUCAUCACAUCACGUGCCCUCCUUAAUGCCCGUCACCCAGUUACCCCAUCCCCCCACCCACCUCCCUUCCAGCAACCCUCAGUUUGUUUCCUAGAGUUCAGCGUCUCUUACUUAUGGUAUGCCUCCCUCUCAAUUUUCAUCUUAUCUUAUUUUUCCUUCCCUUCCCCUAUGUUCAUCUGUUUUGUUUCUUAAAUUCCACAUAUGAGUGAAAUCAUAUGGUAUUUGUCUUUCUCUGACUGACUUAUUUCGCUUAGCAUAAUACCCUCUAGUUCCAUCCACAUGAUUGCAAAUGGCAAGAUUUCAUAUAUAUAUCUUCUUUAUCUAUUCAUCUGUUGAUGGACAUCUAGGCUCUUUCCAUAGUUUGGCUAUUGUGGACAUUGCUGUUAUAAACACUGGGGUGCAAGUGCCCCUUUAAAUCAAUAUGUUUGUAUCCUUCGGAUAAAUACCUAGUAGUGCAAUUGUUGGGUCAUAUGGUAGCUCUAUUUUUAACUUUUUGAGGAACCUCCAUACUGUUUUCUAGAGUGGCUGCACCAGCUUGCAUUCCCACCAACAGUGUAAGAGCGGCCCCCUUUCUCUGCAUCCUCACCAACAUUUGUUGUUUCCUGACUUGUUAAUUUUAGCCAUUCUGACCAGUGUAAUGUGGUAUCUCAUUAUGGUUUUGAUUUGUAUUUCCCUGAUGCUGAGUGAUGUGGAACAUUUUUUUCCUGCGUCUGUUGGCCAUUUGUAUGUCUUCUUUGGAGAAAUGUCUGCUCAUGUCUUCUGAGGGCAAGGCUGGGUCUUGGUCACUCAAGGCCCCACUGAGCCGGAGGGCCUCUCCAAAAGAAAAGAAGUUAAAAAAAAAAAAAAAAAAGGCAGAAGGAGGAAAAGGAGGAAGAGAAAAGAGUGACCAGAAUUAGGGUCCAGCUCCACCCUGCAUAUCCGGGGGACCUUGAGUAUCCUGACUUCUCUGAGCCUCAGUCGCCUCAACUGUCACAGGGAGUCAUGACCCUUCCAGGGCAGGGGGCGACCACACGCGUGCAAUUGCUUGGCGCAGGACAGCGUUGUCACCUCUUCACCGGAAAGCAGGGGGUCCUAGCGGGCUCUUUGGAAACGCACGCAAGACCUUUGAAAUGCCGGAGGAUGAGGGCGGAGACCUUGCCAAGCUCACACCGGACUCCCUCCCCUACCCCGCCCGGUCCUGUCCUUCCUGUCCCUCCCCCCACAACCCACCCCAGCUGCCCCGCCCCGCCCCGCUCCCCACCCGCCGCCAGCCUGGACGGUCUCAGCAGCGUCCCGCUGGGACCAGGUGUCCCGGACGUGCCAAGAUGCAGCCGGGGCUCUGGCUCCUCCUGGCCGCGCAGCUCGCAGCUCUCCAUGGCAGCUCAGUGCUCCAGCAGGCCCCUGGGUCCAUACUGGUUCAGACCAACCAGAGGGUGAUAAUGUCCUGUGAAGCCAAAACCUCCCCCACUAGCACACGCAUCUACUGGCUGAGACAGCGCCAAGCUCCGAGCCCGGACAGUCACCAUGAGUUCCUGGCCUUCUGGGAUUCCGUAAAAGGGACUGUGUACGGCCAAAAGGUGGAGCAAGAGAAGCUAACUGUGUUUCCGGAUGCAAUGAGGUCCAUUCUCAAUCUCACAAGAGUGAAGCCAGCAGACAGUGGCGUCUACUUCUGCAUGACCAUCGGGACCCCUGAGCUGACCUUCGGGAAGGGAACGCAGCUGAGUGUGGUUGAUGUCCUUCCCACCACUGCCCAGCCCACCAAGAAGCCCACCCCCAAGAAGAAAGUGUGCCCGUCCCCAAACCCUGUGACCCAGAAGGGCCCCUCCUGUGGCCCCCUCACCCUCGGCCUCCUGGUGGCUGGAGUCCUGCUUCUGCUGGUGUCCUUGGGAGUGGCCAUCCACCUACACUGCCUGCAGAGGAGAGCCCGGCUUCGCCUCCUGAAACAAUUUUAUAAAUGAGCAAAAAAUAUGCUUUUGGGGUCCUGCUACAAAAAUACGUUUGGUCAGUAACGAGCGAGAUCUGGAAAAAUGAGAGAGAAGAGCCACGCUCAACUCACUCUGCAGUGGAAAUUUCGCUGGCCUGCCGAAGUUGCCUGCUUUUAACUAUUGCAAGUUCUUUCUGUGGGCCUCACACAUGGGAGCAACGUGUUACUUGGUCAUCGGGAGCCACAGCGAGAAGGCUUCAGAGCCCCCGAACACUUCCUGCAACUCGGGGGCACACUGGAGGAUGCUGCCAUGACACCACUUCCAGCUCCCAUACUCCCCCUGGGCUGGGCUGGGACCUUUGUGUUGGCUGUCCAGCCCCUGUCUCGCAAGUUGCUUUGCCCUGGUAGGGCACUGACGUGGAGUCCUGAGUCUCUCAUGGGAUGGCGCUGGGCUGGCUUCUCCUUGGUCUUCCCAGGCUGGGGCUGACUGCCCUCACCGAGAGCCCCAGAGACCAGACCCAGCUUGGAAACCAGCUUUCUGUGAAGGGCUGACCUGACUCCUGUAGUGAUUUCAGUCUCCGGGGAUGUCCUUUUGGGGCUGGGGAUUUGUGGCUUUGAGAAUGGGAAGUCACUUUAUCUCCUAUUAGGAAUUUCCCCGACUUUCACUUCUGCUCUCCCAUGGCUUGUAUAUUUCUCUCUCACUUUCUGUUCUUUUUAUGAAAAUGUCUUGGUUGUAAAAAUAAAGUCCUGAAUAAAAGAUGCAAAUGGG